AUGAACCAUACCAUCUUUGAUUUCUGUACAAGUUCCUGGAUGCCAGGUCUGCUUCAAGGGUUAACAGAUAUAGGAGAAAGAGAAGAAGAGUACACUGACGAUUCACAUGAUGGAGAAGACAACACAUUAACACCAAUGAAACAAGGAUUACAGUUACACUUGCCAUCAUUGAAUAUCAUUGCUGGAAUGACAGAGUCUGGACAAGACAAACCUAUUGAAUCUAUUGAUCAGACACAAUACCAACAGAGGACAUCAUCACCAAGAACAUACAGAAACAAGAGGAGAGGCAUUCAACAAAAGACUGCGAUAGUAUUGGAUGAUUGCAUAGGAAGUGUAGAGUUUCAACAUAGUAAGUUGUUUGACAAAUUGACGACUAGCAGUGACACUAUCUCAUCAGCAUCUUCACUCUCAUUCAAGACCUCAAGAAGUUAUCUCCAACUAUCACGUCCACUUAAGAAAUCACUCUUUAAAGUUAUAUCCCAUUUAUUAAUAUCGAAACAAGACCUUUUCUACAUUUCUCUCAAUCAACCUUUUGAUAGAAAGUACUAUCCUAAGAGGUGUACUUGUGGAACAGAUCAUAAUUAG